AUGGAAAACCGUGUGUCGCCAACGGUUUCCGUACCUUUGUUUCCUGGACAAGGGUCUUCAUCUGGUGCCCUAGCCUUGGCUCUUCAGCAGGCCCUCCGUGAUAUUCGUUCACCAUCUGGCCAUUUGCUUUUGGCUUCAUGCCACGAGGCUUUUCAUGCAGAGGUGUUGAAGCUAUCAGCAGAUGAGCUCAACGAAACCCACAUUUCCCUGGUCGAUUUUCAGGAAGCCACCUCGCUUCUAUCAUCUUCGAGUCUGUACCAGAACAAUCCCAUCAUUUCCAGCAUCUCGCUCUUCCUCGUUCAAGCGCUGAGAUACCUUGCGCACUUCUCAGGCUCAUCAACAGAACCCAAUGGCCGUAGUACUUUCGCAGAUAAUGCCGACCACAGUCUUGGGGUGACUGGCUUCUCCUCAGGGAUCAUCACGGCAUGCGUGGUAGGAGCUUCUAACAGUGUGCUCACGUUCAUGUCAAAUGCAGUAGAGGCAUUUCGCCUAGCAUUUUGGAUCGGCGUGCGAUCUAUGCAGCAUAGAACCAAAGAGCUUCAAUCCGCUUUGGGUUUCCCUGACACAGGACUCCCUUGGAGCGUCGUUUGUGUUGGCUUGAGUAGAGCCGAUGUCUUGGGCUUUAUCUCUGAUUUCGAAACCAAGAACGAUUGCAAUUCUUCCCUUCACCUGACGGCUAUUUUGGAUACACAGCAGGUCACCGUUUCGGGUCGUCCUGAUAUCCUACAGCGUUUCUCGUCCUCAAUUUCAAUUUCCAAGUCCUGCACAAUUCAUCCAACGACUGUAGAUGCUUUAUAUCAUGCACACACCCUCCACAAUGUUCACGCCCAAGUCCUGGCUGAUUCCAGAAGACAUCUGAUUCGAUUUCCUGAUUUUUCCGACCUUAAAUAUCCCGUGUUUUCGACCGUCUCUGGGAAGCCUGUGUUGCCAAGUUCUGAGCACUCCUCUCUUGUUGACGCAGUCCUUGACAUGAUAAUCGUGUCUCCUGGGCUUGGUGGUUCGGUACCGGCCGAUGCUCCCACACAAGUAUUAAACUUCGGCCCUAGCUCUGGUCUUCUCCGAAUACUGGAGAAAUCACUCUCACAAGAAAGUUACUUCGGUUCCAGCAGCCCUGAUAGUCCGAAGGGGAGCAAUUUCAAACAAGAGCCGAUAGCAAUUAUCGGAAUGGCACUUCGCUUGCCUGGUGGUGCAAGAACCGCGAACGAGCUUUGGGAGCUUCUUGAGCGAGGAAUUAAUACUAUUUCAGAGAUUCCGGCAGACCGUUUCCAAUUAGAGCGCUACACAUCUGCCGACGCUAAAAGCGGCCGGGGGAUGAAGGCUCGUACCGCGAAUUUCAUAGAUUGUGUUGACGAGUUCGACUACAAAUUCUUCAAGGUAUCACCUAGGGAAGCAAAGAGCAUGGAUCCACAGCAAAGAGUUCUUCUGCACACUGCUCAUGACGCCCUUGAGAACGCUGGUUAUGUUCCAGAUGCUACCCCGUCUUUCCAGCGUGAUAGCUUUGGUUGUUUCAUCGGUACUGCAACCCAUGAUUAUGCAGACAAUUUACGGGAGAAUAUUGACGUGCAUUAUAGCACAGGAACCCUGAAAGCUUUCCUUAGUGGCCGCAUAUCGUACGCCAUGCAACUUGGCGGUCCUUCCAUGACUAUCGAUACUGCUUGUUCAUCGUCAAUUGUCGCAAUCCAUCAAGCCUGUCGUUCACUUGUUAAUGGGGACUGCAGGGCUGCAAUUGCAGGCGGAGUCAACACCAUGUCGAGUCCGGACAUGUUUAUUGGCCUGGAUCAUGGGCAUUUUCUCAGCCCGACCGGCCAGUGCAAAUCUUUUGAUGCAUCGGCUGACGGCUACUCUCGAUCAGAGGGAUGCUCUCUUUUCAGAAGCGACGAUAUUCUUGGUGUCAUCCGUGGUGUUGAUCUCAAUCAGAGUGGGCUAGCGCACUCAAUCACCCACCCGCACGUACCUUCCCAGGUUUCUCUAAUGAACAGGCUCCUAAAGAACUCCGGAAUCGAUGCAUCACGUGUCAGUGUCGUAGAAGCGCACGGUACUGGUACCCAGGCUGGAGACUUUUCCGAGCUCCAGAGUAUCCGCGCCGUUCUUUGCCGUGCUCGCGAUAGCGGAAACCCCCUCCAUGUCACUUCAAUUAAAGCCAACAUCGGUCACUUGGAGGCUGCUUCUGGCGCUGCUGGACUUGCCAAACUUUUGCUCAUGUUCCAACAUGAUACGAUUCCUGCUCAAAUCUCCCUCAAGACAUUGAACCCACGUAUCACACCACUAGCCCAGGAUAAUACUAUCAUCGACACGGUUCCCACGCCGUGGGUGCGCGGAUCGUCGCCCCGCAUGGCGCUGCUCAACAAUUUCGGAGCAUCAGGUUCAAAUGGGGCACUCAUAGUGGAAGAGUAUCCAAAGCAAGCGAAAGCUCCAGCUAGUGGCAUAUCUUACGUCUUUGGUAUCUCUGCCAAAUCUCGUGAGGUCCUCGAAACUCUCCGCCUUAGCUACUUCCGGUGGCUUCACGACGCUAGAAAUCGCUCAAUUCCCAUGAGCGACAUCGCGUAUACUGCUACAGCAAGAAGACAGCUGUACCCUUUCAGAAUUUCAAUUGACGUAGGGAGCAAGGCGCAACUUGUCCAGGCUCUUGCAAGCGCUGAGGUGUCUCAUUCCGAGGGAAAUUUCGGUCAAGUAGUCUUUGUCUUCUCUGGACAAGGCAGCUAUUAUCGUGGCAUGGGGAAGCUCCUCUAUUCGACCUCUCCGGUCUUCCAGCGCUGCAUUGACAGAUGCCACCGAUACCUCGUGUCCAAAGGCUUUGCGGGUAUCCUUCCAAGUAUUGUUGGGGAGGCCGCAGAUAGUGGGUCGGAUGAAAUAGAAGAGUUCGAAGCGUCUCAAACUUCUACGAUGGCGCUAGAAGUCGCGUUGGCAACAUUAUGGAUACAUUGGGGUUUGACGCCUUCCACAGUCGUUGGGCACAGCCUCGGUGAAUACGCCGCUCUAGUCAUCGCCGAGGUGCUCUCGCUGGAGGCAGCCUUGUUUUUGGUCGCAUCACGUGCUCGCCUCACAUGGCGCAUGUUGGCUAUCAGGCUCGGGGAGCAACAAAUCAACACCGUUCUGAAAUCCGGGUCAUACUCGGAUCUCUCUGUCGCUUGCGUCAACAGUGAUCGCGCCUGCGUCGUUUCUGGCCCAUUGUCUCAGCUGCACGCUUCUGACCGGGGAGCUCGUCUCCUUGACGUUCCUUAUGGAUAUCACAGUCAAGCAAUGGACCCUGUUCUGGAUGAUCUUACCCAACUAGCACGCACUGUGUCCAUUGGCUCCACCGUUCUUGGACGACUUGUUCCCGCAGGAGACACUUCGACCUUCGACGCAACCUACUUCUCUUCGCAUUUCCGUCGGCCUGUCCUUUUUGCUCCAACCGUCGACGUCCUGUCGAAGCAGGCGCUAUUGCCUUCGUUGAGCAAAAAUGAUAACGCUACUCUUACCUCCAGCCUAUCCCAGCUCUACAGAACCAGUGCUCCUUUGAACUGGCGCAAAGUCUUUUCGGAGCUGUCCCCAGCAACCUGCGCCGAUCUGCCACCAUACCCACUCGAGAGGAACAAAGUUUGGGUACCAUACAAAGAACCUUUCUAUGAAUCUCUUCCACCACCUCAAACCGUGGCACCAGCACGAAACACGGCACCAUCACAAACCAUUGCACCACCACAAAUCACGGCACCAACACGAAGCACGGCACCAGCACGAAGCACAGACAGCACAGCACCAUCACAAACCAUUGCGAAAUCCGAUCUGAUAUCUGACUAUACCAUGCUGGGGUGGUGGGUGCAGUACCCAUCGCGCGAGAACGGCAACUCGGCCAGUUUCGAUACUCCCAUCGAAGUUUUAGCUCCGUUUAUUGAAGGACACAAGGUUGCAGGGCACUACCUAUGCCCAGCAUCAAUCUAUCUUGAACAAGUUCUUUCGGGCGCAGAUCUUUCACGGCGUCAUCUUAAACUCGAUUUCGGGAAGAGUAUGGCUGCUAUCCGAGGUGUUAAUUUUGCGAAACCACUUGUUUACCAUCCCCAAGUCAAUCGCAUUGUCCGCACGCAUGUCACCAUUCACGAAGAUGGCACUGGUCUCUUCAAUAUAACAUCCAGACUGCAAUCUUCUCAAGACGAAUCGGUUCACGUCCGCGGAGAAAUACGCUUCCAAUCCACCAAGGAGACUUCUGCUAAUCUUGAAAGUCAAGCAGAGAUCUUUUCCACUCGAACGCUAUACGAAGUUGUCUUCCCUCGUGUUGUUGAAUACUCUUCAAAGUAUCACACGAUCCAGUCUCUGACUGCCAGCGCGGAUGGAAUGGAUGGUAUAGCGCAGAUCAAGCUUCCAGAUGCCCCACGACUCUCUUUCGCCUCUCAUCCUAUUUUCGCCGACACCCUCCUUCAUACCGCUGGAUUCCUAGCAAAUACGCAAGGCGAUAUCGGCGACGCUUAUAUCUGCAGCGAGGUCGGGUCAUUCCAGAUGCUCUCUGAGUUCAUUGAUCAAGAACAAACGUACACUGUUCAUUGUCGCGGGUCGUGGAUGUCCUUUGACAACAUCGUUCUCACCGAAGCAUAUGCUGUCCAAGAACAAGAGCCUCGUCGUGUUGUUGCGCUUAUGAAAGGCAUCCAAUUCAAGCGCGUCCGCAUGAACGGUCUUGCUCGAGCGUUGGAAAAUGCAGCAGACUCCGUCCCUGCGCAGACACGAAAUCGAACCGAUUCAACCAGUACACAAAACACAGGCGGUGUACAAACAAGUAACUCUGGUAAUUCUAGCAGACCAUCUUCACCGGAAACCCUAGUGUCUGAGGACGAUGUACGCAUCCGCAUCAGAGAUAUCAUUGCGCAGGUGCUCGGCCUUCCGACUGCCGAUAUACAAGAUCACUCUGACUUCAAAUCGCUCGGCCUUGACUCCCUCAGUUCAUUAGAAGCUUUACAUGCGGUCAAAACUGAGCUCAAAGUUGACCUUCCUCACGACGCAUUUGAGUCUUAUUCUACAAUUGCAUCCUUGAGCACUUUGCUCGAUAAAUCCCAUCCCCCCGAGAAAUCCGUGGAAAGAACCCCCCAGAAGUCCUUGGAAAGACCACAACCGCCGCCAGCUAGAUCCGCCGAGUCGACAGAAACAGUAUCCGAUAGUGACAGACGCAUCCGCAUGAGAGGUAUUAUCGCGGAAGUACUUGGCCUUCCGCUUUCCGAUGUAGAAGAUGACUCCGACUUCAAAUCGCUCGGCCUUGACUCCCUCAGUUCAUUAGAAGCUCUACAUGCACUCAAAUCCGACCUCAAUAUCGACCUCCCCCACGACACAUUCGAGUCCUAUUCCACAAUCGCAUCCUUGAGUGCUUUUCUCGAUAGAUCUUCCUCCCCAAAGAAGUCCUCGGGAAGAUCCCGUGCGUCGACGAGAACAUUACAGCCCGCAUCGUUUGAUAAUCGCAUGUCACAACUCCAAUUCAGCAAGGACGAGGUCGCUGUCCCGUUACUUCUUAUCCACGAUGGCAGCGGCUUAAUAAGCCAUUACAAUCGUUUGAUGCCGUUACAUCGUGACGUCUUUGCUCUCUCCAAUCCUUGUCUGAUUACCGGUGGAAAAUGGGAGAGUGUCGAGCAGAUUGCAGAAUCCUACGCCAACGUCGUUUUGGGUGCGAAAUCAGAUCAGAUCAUUAUUGGCGGGUGGUCAUUUGGCGGCGUGGUGGCCUUCGAAACCGCUAAGAGGCUCGCUCAGAACGGCGUACGUGUCCGCGGCAUCGUUCUCAUCGACUCUCCUUGUCCUGGCAAACAUGUGCCCCUUUCAUCAUCUGUUAUAGACCACGUCACGAUGUCACACUCCCGAGGAAUUGAUUCAGGAACCAUAAGUCUCGUCGCAGAACAAUUCAAAGAAAGCUCGCGACUCCUUUCUGUCUACAAGCCAUCUCGUGAAGGAAAGCUUGAAGUUCCGAUAGUUCUGCUGCGCUCGUCUGAGGGGUAUGCUCCUCCGGGUUUGGACGUUCCUCACUGGUUGCAAUAUCGUGGAAGCGAAGGUGCCGUCGUUGGUGAAUGGGAAGCCCUCACACGGUCCCCUGUAAAAACCUGGUCAAUUCCAGGAGACCAUUUCGCACCUUUCAAUCCCGAAAACAUCGAACAAACAUCUCAGCAGCUCAAGGAAGCGUGUCACUUCGUGGAAAGGCUAUAA